CGCUCUCCACUCGUGGGAACGGGGUCACGAGCCCCAGAGAACUCGGAGGACGCCAGAAUCCCCGGGAUCCCGGCAACGAAGGCAUGGCGCACAUCGGCGGACAACCGUUGAACCAGGUCACCCUGCGCAGCACCUUCCUGGCUGCCGACCAGGGCCACAACGGUGCGAUCGACUACCGCGAGCUGCAGAUGGCCCUGUCGACCGGCACAUGGCGGCCCUUCAACAUGGAGACGGCCAAGAUGCUCGUGAACCUCUUCGACCGGAACCACGACGGCACCAUCAACUUCGACGAGUUCAGCGAGCUGUACCGCUACGUGACGGAAUGGUCGAGCGCGUUCCGCCACCAUGACCCAAACAACGGAGGCACCAUCGAUCCCGCCAACAUGAUUACCGCGCUCAAGGAGUGCAACCAGACGCUCUCGGACCGCUUCUACUCGUUGCUGCAGCGCCGCUUCGUGCGAGGGGGGAAGGUCUACUUUGACGAGUUCAUCCAGGCCUGCAUGUACAUCAAGAGUGCCACGGACGCGUUCCGGCGCUACGACCGCCAGAAGACCGGCGUGGUCAAUGUCCGCUUCGAGGAGUACCUGGUCAUGCUCAUCCAGGUGCUCGCCUAACACUGCCUCCCGGAAAAUUCCCGCGCCGUCCCGUCGGGAACGCUUCUCAAAAUUCUCGCUGCGACAAUACAACAUGUCCAACCGGUAA